CUGAAUGCGUGCCAGUCCUGUGUCUGAUCGCACGGCCGUUUGAUUGCCGUCUCCAGGGAGCGAGAGCCACUCACUCGCGCCGUCUGUCAGGCGAGCGAGUGCGAGUCACACGAGAGGAGGCGAGAGCACCCGCGGUGAUUCAAAAAGACACGACGCGAGUAUAUUAUUCUAAUACACUUAAGCAACGUUCCAGUUCCUCUCCGCUCUGCGAGACACAUUUUCUGUCUACUACGUUUCUUCAGGAUUAUAUAUAUUACAUAUAUAUAUCGGAGAAGAGAGAGCACACGAGAAUAUCAGAUAGUGACUUUUAAAGACGUAAAAGGCAAUCCUACGUAAAGGAACGAACCCCUCGGCAAGAUGCCAGCACAGUUUGAAAGUAUCAACAGCCCGGUGACGCGGGAGCCCGUGGUCACAAAUGGAGUGCCGUAUUCCAUCGACAGUGACAUCGUCAUUACGGGCAUUUCAGGUCGUUUACCCGAAUCGUCAAACAUCGAGGAGUUCAAAGAGAAUCUGCUCAAAGGGUUAGACAUGGUUAGCGACGACGAGCGUCGUUGGAUAGCGGGCAUCUACGGACUACCGCGAAGAUCCGCCAAGAUCAAGGAUCUCGCUUCAUUCGACGCCUCCUUCUUCGGGGUGCACCCCAAGCAAGCGCACGUGAUGGAUCCGCAGCUUCGUAUGUUGCUGGAAAUCACGCACGAGGCGAUAGUUGAUGCCGGCAUCACCCCUCCCGUGAGAGGAUCCCGCACCGGUGUGUUCAUUGGCGUCUCUUCCUCCGAAUCGGACGACUUUUGGACGAAAGAUCCGGAUCUCAUUAACGGAUACGGAUUGGUCGGAUGUUGCAGAGCGAUGUUCGCCAACAGAAUCUCUUUCGCGUUUGACUUCACCGGACCUAGUUACGCGAUGGACACGGCCUGCUCCUCGGCCAUGUUUGGCAUGCAUCAGGCAGUCGCCGCAAUGCGCGCCGGCGAGUGCGACGCCGCGAUCGUGGGCGGGAUGAAUCUGUUGUUGAAGCCAGCGAACGCGCUUCAGUUCCACAGAUUGAACAUGUUGUCGCAGGACGGCAAGUGCAAAGCGUUCGACGUCACGGGCAAUGGUUACGUCAGGGCUGAGGCAGUGGCAGCGAUAUACUUACAGAAGGCGAAGGACGCGCAUAGGGUGUAUGCCACGGUACUUCACACGAAAACGAACACCGACGGCCACAAAUCCCAGGGUAUCACGUAUCCGAACGGCGAAAUGCAGAAUCAAUUGAUGCGCGAGGUGUACAACGAGGCCGGGAUCAACCCGGCGGACGUAGUUUACGUGGAGGCACACGGUACCGGUACCAAAGUGGGCGACCCGGAGGAGAUCAACUCCGUCGACAAGCUGUUCUGCAAGAACAGGAAGACUCCGUUACUGCUUGGCUCGGUCAAGAGUAACAUGGGACACGCGGAACCCGCCAGCGGGAUCUGUUCGAUCGCCAAGGUGCUGAUCGCGAUGGAAGCGGGCGUCAUCCCCCCCAACUUGCAUUUCGACACACCGAAUCCGGAUAUUCCCGCUUUGAAGGAGGGACGCAUCCGGGUCGUCGACAAGGCCAUGCCAUGGAACGGCGGCAUCGUAGGCAUCAAUUCAUUCGGCUUUGGUGGCGCGAACGCGCACAUCGUUCUACGUAGCAAUCCAAAACCGAAAUUACCCCCACUACCGCUGGACACCACCGAACUGCUAUCCAAACUGGUCGCCGUGUCGGGUCGCACGGAGGAAGCCGUGCACACAUUGCUGGACAAGGCGAGGGAGUAUCGAAAGGACGACGAGUUUCUCUCAUUGUUGCACGCUGUGCACAAUCACGAUAUACCGGGUCACAAGAUGCGCGGCUACGAGAUCCUAAAUGUCAACGAUACCCGGGAAAUGACCGAAGUGAGCAAUCAAGAGAAACGUCCCAUUUGGUUUGUAUUUUCUGGUAUGGGCACCCAAUGGGCCGGCAUGGGUCGCGAGCUGCUCGGUAUCGAGACCUUUCAACGUAGCUUGCGACGAUGCGCGGAGGCAUUGAAACCCCACGGCAUCGAUCUCAUGAAUAUUAUCAUGAACGCUACGGACGAGACCUACGAGAACGUAAUAGACUCCUUCGUGUCGAUCGCCGCUAUGCAGGUCGCCCUCGUCGACGUACUCGCGUCGAUAAACGUACACCCGGAUGGCAUAGUUGGACAUUCCGUCGGAGAGUUGGGUUGCGCCUACGCCGAUGGCGCGUUUACACCGGAACAGACUGUUUUGGCGGCUUACUGCCGAGGCAAGUCGAUCAUGGACUCCAAACUGAACCCGGGCUCCAUGGCGGCGGUCGGUUUGAGCUGGGAAGACGCCAAAAAGAUGUGUCCGUCCGAUAUCACUCCGGCCUGUCACAAUUCCGUGGACUCGGUCACCAUUUCCGGGCCACCUGCAUCUAUGAAGAAAUUUGUGGAAGAAUUGAAGAGCAAGGACAUCUUCGCCAAGAUGGUCAAGAGCUCCGGCGUUGCGUUCCACAGCAAAUACAUCGCCCCGGCUGGCACCAAACUCCGCGCCUCCCUCGACAAGAUUAUACCCAGUCCAAAACAGAGAUCUGCCAGAUGGAUCUCGAGCUCCAUACCGGAAGCCGCGUGGGGCAGCCCGCUCGCGCAGCUCAGCUCGUCCGCGUAUCACGUCAACAAUUUACUGUCGCCCGUCCUUUUCCAGGAAGCGAUCGCGCAUAUCCCGGAGAACGCGGUAACGAUCGAAAUCGCGCCACACUGCCUGCUACAGGCGAUCCUGCGCAGAUCGCUGGCACCGACGGUGAUCAAUAUCGGCCUCCACAAGCGGGAUCACUCCAACAAUCUGGUCUUUCUGCUGUCCAGCAUAGGUAAAUUGUACACGGCCGGUGCUCAGCCCGACAUCUCCAAGCUGUACUCACCGGUGAGCUUCCCCGUCGGUCGCGGAACCCCGAUGAUCGGGUCCCUGAUCAAGUGGGACCACUCCACCACCUGGGAAGUAGCCUCUUUCAAGCAAACCUCUGCCCAAUCGGGCGAAUGCGUCGUACAGGUGGAUCUAUCGAAGGAGUUGGACGCUUUUUUGGCGGGACAUCAGAUAGAUGGGCGAAUCCUUUUCCCAGCCACCGGUUAUCUUCUACUGGUGUGGAAGACUUUGGCAAAACUGCGCGGUACCGACUUCGAAUUACUGCCAGUCAUCUUUGAGAACGUACGCUUCCAACGCGCCACCAUCAUGCCGAAGGAGGGAAUCGUGAAAUUUUCGAUAACCAUCUUCGAGGGAACGGGCGAUUUCGAGAUCUGCGAAGCCGGCACAGUCGCCGUCAGUGGAAGGAUCCGGGUAUCCGAAGAUAUCGAGCGGGAGCAGCUGAAGCUAUCACCGCCAUCCAUUCCGCCUGUCGACAACAAGGACGUCUUACCGCUGAACACCAAGGAUGUUUACAAGGAGUUGAGGCUGCGCGGAUAUGAAUAUAGCGGUAUCUUCCAAGGGAUCAAGACUUCCGAUAACUACGGCACCGCUGGCGAGCUUCGUUGGGUCAACGAAUGGGUCUCGUAUAUAGACACCAUGCUACAGUUCAGCAUAUUAUCCACCAGUCACAAGCUGCUGUAUCUACCGUCGCGUCUUCAAUACGCCGCGAUUAAUCCGGUUCUUCACAAACGCUUGACGGACGAGCUGCCAGAAAACGGCACAUUACCGGUAUAUCACUACAAGAAUGUCAAUAUCGUCAAAUCUGGCGGCAUCGAACUCAGGGGAUUGAAGUCCUCCUUGGCCCCACGACGACAGCAAACUCAGGCUUCUCCUAAACUCGAGCGAUAUAUCUUCAUACCCUAUGAGAACUCGCACAGUUUAGCAGAGGAUCCAGAAAGGAGUAAAUUGCACGCCGUGACCGCGAUGUUGCAGAUCGUGUGCGAAAACUCGACGGCGUUGAAGCUUAAGACCCUGGAGAUCGCGGGUGAACGAGCCGCGGAGGCUCUCUUGGCACCAUUAGUGAUCGACUUUAACAAUUCUCAACCGAGCUUGCCCGAUCUCAGCAUACAAGUGGUCGCCGUUUCUCCCGCUAAUUACGCAACAGUCUGCGGCCAAAUAAACGUCGACGUCGUGACGCGAGAUGUGAACGACGGACCACCUGGUCAAGACAUGCACUUUGUAAUAGCGACGGAUGUUUUGUCGAACCAGUCUUACGGUAUUCUCAAAAAUCUGGCGGCCGCUUUGAAACCCGACGGCUUCAUUCUUCUGGAGGAAACCGCCGCGCAAUUAAAUUUGAAAGUUGCACUGAAGCAAGCGAAUAUGAUAUUGAUCGCGAAACAGACCGAUGCCAUAGGAAAGACUUAUCUGUUGCUGCAAAAGUUGAAGAAGAAGGAAGAACCGACUGUAAUACAGAUCACGGAGAAAUCCUUCUCGUGGCUGGAGGGCGUGAAAGCGGCGCUGAAGAAGUCCGAGAACGAGGGCCAACUGCUCCUUGUGUCCCAAGGCGAACCAUUACUUGGUAUAAUCGGAUUCAUGACUUGUUUGCGAAAGGAGGCGAGCGGUGAAAACACACGUUUCGUCUUCAUCCAGGACAAGAACGCUCCCAAAUUCAGUUUAUCCGCGCAAUUCUACGCGGAACAGUUGGACAAGGGACUGACGGCCAACGUGUUGAAGGGGGGCCAGUGGGGUAGCUACCGACACUUGCAAUUGGAUCAACAGAACAACGUGUCUUCCCUCCAGGUGGAGCACGCCUACGUCAACUCGCUGGUACGAGGAGACUUGAGUAGCUUGAGAUGGAUCGAAGGUCCGUUAAGUUAUUACAGGCCCGAUAACUCUUCGAAUACGACCCUCUGCAGCGUAUACUACGCUCCGUUGAACUUCAGAGAUAUUAUGCUGGCGAGCGGGAAGCUACCACCAGAUGCUCUGCCAGGAAAAAUGGCUACGGAGGAUUGUAUAUUGGGGCUGGAGUUUUCCGGGAGAGAUACGGCCGGACGUCGCGUGAUGGGUAUGGUCGAAGCCAGGGGAUUGGCGACCACCGUAGUGGCGGACCUCGGUUUUCUCUGGGAAGUGCCCGACAAGUGGACCAUGGAGCAAGCGGCUACGUUACCCGUGGCUUACGCAACUAGCUACUACGCCCUCUUUGUACGGGGUCAACUGAAAGCCGGCGAGAGCGUGCUGAUUCACGCCGGGACAGGCGGCGUCGGUCAAGCCGCGAUCGCCAUUGCCCUGCACGCCGGCUGCACGGUCUUCACCACUGUCGGCACGAAAGAGAAGAGGGAAUACCUGAAGAAGACCUUUCCGCAGUUGACCGACAGACACAUCGGCAACUCCCGAGACACGAGCUUCGAGCAGCUGAUACUCACCGAAACGCAGGGACGCGGAGUCGACGUGGUGCUGAACUCUCUGGCGGAGGAGAAGCUACAGGCCGGCAUACGGUGCCUCGCGUUGAACGGUCGCUUCCUCGAGAUCGGCAAGUACGAUCUAUCAAACGACAGCCGCGUAGGGAUGUCCAUGUUCCUGAGGAACACGGCCUUCCAUGGUAUACUGUUGGACGCGCUAUUCGGGAACGAUUCCGCGGAGAAGAAGGAAGUGGUGAGACUCGUCUCGGAGGGGAUCAAGAGCGGCGCGGUGCGCCCGCUGCCCUCGACCGUCUUCUCGGAGCAGCAACUCGAGCAGGGAUUCAGGUUCAUGGCGACCGGCAAACACAUCGGCAAGGUGUUGCUGAAAAUUCGGGACGAGGAGCCGAAGAGACGCGUCCCGCCUACGCCGAAGAUAGUGGCCGCCAUACCUCGUACUUACAUGAAUCCGGAGAAAUCGUAUAUAUUAGUGGGCGGUCUGGGUGGCUUCGGGCUGGAACUGGCUAACUGGAUGGUCGCCCGCGGCGCCAAAUUCAUCGUCUUUGUGUCGCGCUCGGGUAUGCGCAACGGCUAUCAGUCGCUGUGCGUGCGACGCUGGCGCGAGAGCGGCGUGAAGGUCCUCAUCUCCACGUCGGACGUGACAACCUUGCCGGGCACCGAACGCCUGAUUCAGGAGAGCGCUCGACUGGCUCCGGUAGGCGGCAUCUUCAAUCUGGCGGCCGUGCUAAGCGAUGCGCUAAUCGAGAACCUGACGGAGACUGAUUUCAAGACGGCGAGCCUGCCGAAGAUCGAGGGUACAAGAAAUCUAGACGCGGUCUCGAGGAAAUCCUGCCCGUCGCUGGACUACUUCGUCGUGUUCUCGUCCGUGGCAUGCGGACGCGGCAACAUGGGCCAGACUAAUUACGGCCUCGCUAAUUCGGCUAUGGAGAGAAUGAUGGAGCAGAGACAGGCUAAUGGUUUGCCUGGUCUCGCCAUUCAAUGGGGUGCCAUUGGAGACGUUGGCCUAAUCAUGGAAAUGGGAGACAACAACACCGAGGUCGGCGGUACCAUGCCGCAGCACAUGUUGAGCUGUCUCGCGACUAUAGACGUAUUCCUGCAACAACCGCAUCCGGUGCUGUCCUCCGCGGUAUUGGCCGAGAAGCACAAAUCCACGAACGACAACAAGGCCGGUCUGAUCGAAGCGAUCGCCAACAUUUUAGGCGUCAAGGACGUGAACUCGGUGAGUCCCAGCAACAGUCUAGCCGACCUGGGAAUGGACUCGCUGAUGGGCACGGAGAUCAAGCAGACUCUCGAGAGAAACUACGACAUCGUGUUGUCGGCUCAAGAGAUCCGCGUCCUGACGUUCGCCAAAUUGCAAGAGCUGUCCACGUCGAGUCCCGAUGCGACGAGCAAGCAGCAACAAUCAUCGACAGCCGACAACUCCGACGUGAACGCCGCCAGCAACAUGCUGAUAAUGCAGUGGCCGGGCAACGAGGUGCUGCCCAAGGAAGCUCUCGUCCGGCUGAAGACGAAGAGCGCGAACGGACCGCCGCUGUUCAUCGUUCACGCAAUUGAAGGUCUGACGAAGCCACUGGAGCACAUGGCCAACGAGCUCGAGAGACCGCUCUGGGGCCUACAGAGCGUCGAGCACGCGCCGCACGACACGAUACCGAAACUGGCCGAAUUCUACAUAAACAAGAUUAGGAAUAUUCAGGAAAAGGGACCGUACCACCUAGCGGGAUACUCGUUUGGAGCUUGUCUUGCCAUCGAGAUGACUCUACAGCUGGAAGCCGCCGAGAAGGUCAGCUUGAAGCUGAUAGAUGGUUCCCUGGAGUAUGUGCGACAACAGAGCGAGAUGAUCGGCAAAAUUGAUACGACGAAUUAUCUCGUCUCCGACGGCUGCAUGAAAUCGCUCGCGUAUUUCAGCAUUCAGUUCAACAAGAAUGUCAAUUAUUCUGAAGCAUACAUAAUUCUGAAGCAGAGCAAGUCGGACGAGGAGAUGUUUGACAAAAUGUUGGAAAUAAUAGGCGAGACCCCGUUCGAUCAAGAGGAUUUGAAAGUUGCUGGAUAUCUUUUGUUCAAAAGAUUGGCGGCCGCUACAAUUUAUUCUCCGGAUGCAAAAAUUAAAGGACCAGUGAUGCUGAUUAAGGCUACAGAAAACUUCAUACCCUUGGCACAAGAUCACAAUUUAUCGACAAUCUGCACGCAAUCCGUAAGAGUGGAAGAGGUGACUGGCAACCACAGAACGAUACUGUUGGGAAGCAGUGCAAAGAGGCUCGCAAAUCUCUUGCAAGCAUAGUUUGCAAAAGCACGAAUAAGGCGUGAAUUAGAAUCUAUGUAUAAAAAGGAAAGAAAUUAAUCGCGCCUUAGAGAGAGAAUAGUUUCAUGUCGAUAAGAACUUAAUUUCCACAAAGGUUGCAGAAACAUUGUAGAUAUGUUUUAUCACGUGAUUAUCGCAUAUUCUCUUUGCGUUAUGUUGCUGCAAUUUUACUGAGAUUUCGCGUUGUAUAAAGUGACACUUCUCUUUACGUAGAAAUCUUUUGCGCAUUAUAUAUAUAUGCUAUCCGAUAUUACAAGUCAGAAAAUCUCUUGUGUAACUGUUUGCAAACAAACAGAACGUACAAAAUGUCAGAUAAGAUGAUUGCAAGCUUUUUCAAAUGGUAUACCAGUACUUCCCGUAUCGUUAAUUUAAAUUAAAUACAAUACGUUCUUGUAUAAUUUUUAAGUACAUGGGAUCAGUUUAGUAACUCUUGUUUUAAGAGCUUAUUAUGUAAGCUUUCUCGUGAUAUUUCCAAAGUAAACGCGGAUGCGUGCGUAUCUAUUUAUUUAAAUUAUAAUAUUAAUAGUUUAGUGCGUUACCCUCCCUUCUCUACUUAGUAAUUAAUAUUUUGAUUUUAAGCGGGUUGAUCUCUAGCACUUAAUGCGGAGUCUCUCAUCAUCAUCAUCACAAUAUCGUGAUGAAAUUGUAAAUAACAACAAGGUAUAUCAAUGCAUUUGCUUAAUACAGUUCUUAAUAUUAUCGGCUCUUCAACUCUUUUGCGUUCUUAUAUUAUUGAAAUAUAAAGAAAGAUCUUAUUUUAAGAUUUAUCGCACAAUAUGUAAUUUAUUUUUCAUUCCAUUAGCAAUUAAAAGUUUGGCACAUAAAAAAAAGAAAUGUUUACUGUCUGUAUUUUUUUAUUAACUUAACAGAUUCGACAUAUUGUGUAUUAACAUCUCGAAAAUAAAUGUACACUUACUAGUUGUAAGUAUAUAUUAUACGUACAAGUUAAUAAUGCAAAUUUAUAUGCAAUUUAUGUUUACAUUCUCUAAUUCCCUGAUUAUUUAAUCAAAUAAAUUUUCGAAAAUAAAUUUA